GUUCAAUUUGUAAAAAAAAUCUUUCAUUUGAAUAAUUAUCCUAAUAACACAAAAACAUCUGGAUUUGAAUUUAGGGUGCCGCGGUGGGAUUCUUUAGUCAAACACAAAUGAGUUUAAAGAACAUUCUCCCGAUUAACUUAUUAAUAAAGUCCUAUAAGCACCGACAGCGUGUCUCUAAUAAAAAGACUAAUCUAAGACACCAGACUAAAUCUGUUGACUGUGACUCUCAUCAUAACUGGGAAUCUGUGAAAUAAGUCCGCCUCUUUUUCAUUUCUUCAUGCUCCAUUCCGAAUAUUUUUAUUUAAACAUCGCUGUUAUCGUUCGCCGAGAACGUUGUAUGGUGUCUUUUGUUCCAAUUAAGGCAAUUAGCGUUAAUUAAUUAAUUAAUUAAGAGCCGUUGACCGGGGUGCCAGUAUGGAUUUUUUGCAGUUUUCUGGAACGAUGAGCGAGUCUAGAUUUAACGGUAGUGCGCGUAAAAGAAGAAAAUCGUGCAAUUUUGACGGGGAUUUUAUAAUACCCGUUCGGCAGAGGAGUCAAGCGAAUGCACGAGAACGAGAUAGAACCCACAGUGUAAAUAUAGCCUUUACAACAUUAAGAACACUUAUACCAACAGAACCAAAAGAUAGGAAACUUAGUAAGAUCGAAACACUUCGAUUGGCUUCAAGUUAUAUUUCACACUUGGGGACCCAACUAAUGGCAGGGCCUAUAGAACAACCAUGUUUAAGGUUUUUAAAAGAUGGUACAAAUACUAGUAGACACCAAGUAUGCACUUUUUGUAUAGCACAUAAAAAAACCAAUCGUAUAAACCUGACCGAGGAUUUUGAAUGUCAGAAUUUUGAAGGGCAAAUCUUGUUGACUCCUGUUGCUACUGGUCGUACUAACACAGCAAUCAUAAACGCAGAAGAACUAACAUCUUUCUAUUACUCGUAACAGUAACA